UGAAGUAGAGAGGAGCAAUGAAAUAUGCGAUAGUAUAUUCUACGGAUUGUCGAAUCAUCCAUAUUAUAUGUCAACAUGUCAUAUUAUACUAUGUCAGUUCUGACAUUCCGCAAUGGAUAAUGCACAACGGAUCUUCCGUCAAAUAUUCACCGACCCUUAGGUGACAAUAUCUAAGCUACGCUUAGCAAAUGGGUUUAAUGAAACUUAUAUAAAUUCAUCGUCAAAAUUACAAGUAUCUUCAGCUACUAGAAUUAUAACCUUUACCUACGAUAGUUUAUAAUCUAACAAGACCUUAUUAUAAACUGACGAUAUUUACAAGUUUGCGGUGAAAUGUAUAAUAUUAUUUAUUAGAUAAAAUAGUUUCUCAGACUAACUUAUAAACGUAUGUUAUAAACGUUUUUUUUUUUUCAGUACUAUGUUUAGUGGUGGGGCUGAGCAACGCCCGAUGGGUGAGACGAGGUCGGUCUCAGCAGCCCAGGGAAACGAGUUUUGUUGGAGAUGCCACAAAUGAACUUGCUACAGCUAUAUUUCAGGGAUAUAUAGAUGACGAUAAGAACAUUGCCUUCUCUCCUUUAGGCUACUCUGCCAUUCUCGCUAUUCUUGCUGAAGGUGCUACCGGCGAGACGAGAGAACAGCUUGUUACAGCUCUUCACCUUCCUAAAGAUCAGAAUCUGACGCGGAAAACAUAUCGUUUCAUCAUGGAAAGACUAAAAAAUACACACGAAUAUAAAUACAAUCAACCUGAAUUAAAGAAUUACUUUUACAUUUAUAAAAAUUAUACUAUCAAUGAAGAUUACAAAAAGAUUCUAGAAGACUAUUAUUUAACUGAAGUGAGAUCAGUUGAGAGGUAUUAUCCAGAUCAUGAAUUUAAUAAACCAUUAGAAAAUGAUGAGAAUAGUGAAUUCGUUAUUGAUUUGCCGGAUAAGCAACAAGAUGUUGUUAAGAAUGAUGAUAUUCCUGAACUAAUGCCACCCAAAGAAAGUGAUGAAAAACUUAUAUCAUUCGCUGUUGAUGAUAAGCCUGACAAAAUCGAUAUUACACAUAUUGAAUACAAACCGGCGAAAAAUAUUAAAGAAAAAAUUAAACUAGUUAAAUAUGAUUCCAAAAAAGAAGAAUCAGGAGAUGAAGAAGAGACUAUGGUUGCUGUAGAAGCUAGAAACCAUGCUAGAAGCUUGAAGGUUUUGCAAGAUAAGAAUGACAUAACAUCGAGUAUUUCAGUAAAUAGUGUUGGCAGGAAAUCUAGCAAAAAGCCUUCAAAUUCUCUUAUGAUAAUUUUCAACGGAAUGUAUUUCCGUGGAUCUUGGAAGAAGCCAUUUGAUGUAGUGGAACCUGGAGUAUUCUACAAAUCUAGUAAGGAGAAAAAACAAGUGCCCAUGAUGAAGACCAUUGGUAGUUUCAAAACUGGUUACCUACCUGGAUUAGACAGCGAAGCUAUUCAAAUUCCCUAUGAAGGCGGGCGUUAUGCACUAGUGGUGAUGGUGCCUCGUUCCCGUGACGGGCUGCAGCGUCUGUCGGCGGAGCUGGGCGGCGCGCAUGUGACGCGCGUCGGCGACCACCUGCAGGAGGAGGAGCUGCAGCUCGCUCUGCCCACCUUCUACGUCGAGACCACCACCAAGCCCGUCGCCGCACUCGCCAAGUUUGGCGUAAGCAGUAUCUUCAGUCGUGAGGCGGAACUAUCUGGUGUUUCGUCAAAUGAAGGUCUGUUCGUGCAGGAACUGGUGCAACACGUGGCCGUACGCGUUGACAACGCUGACUCCUCCGCUAACCAGUUGGCAGUUGCCGAAGCAGUGGAAGAGCUGAAGAAUCUUCCUCUAAACGCGAAGAUACCAAGAAGAUUUAAUGUGGAGCAUCCUUUCUUGUUCUACAUCAUCGACUGUUUGGAUAACCUCGUCGUUGUUGCUGGCAAGAUCACAGACCCAGAACAGCCAACGCCAUUCGAAAUUUAAAUUAUGAAUAGUGUAAAUAGGGAUGAUGACUAAUUUUUGUUUGUUUGUCCGUCAGGUAGAGUGUUUAAAAAUAUUAAAAACGUAUUUUUUAUUUUUUUCGUAAUCAUAAAAUUACGGCGUUACAUGGAGUUGAAAUUUCGCAUGACGUCACGUUAAGGUACGUUUUCUACUCAACUGUGACGUAGCGAGCCCCCAGUCCUCAACUUUAAUGCCUGUUAUCUAAGCUAUUUCUUGUUAAAUUGAAGUAAAAAAAUACGUAUCUAAUAUUUUUCUAUUAUCUGACUGACGGACUAAAUAUAAUUACAUUUUUAUUACCCAGUCAUCAUCCCUAUUGUAAGUUUCGAAUUACGUUUUAGGACAGGUGACUUAUUUUCUUAUGAUUGAUACUAGAUUCAAUACUGCGUUUAAUUUUUGAAUAUUAGAUUCUUCAAAUACGACGGAUUUACAUUCUGUUUUUUCCAUUUGUCCAAAAAUUUUAACUGAAGUAAAAGGUCAUUAAAGUUUCGCAUUAUGGAGUCACUUCACGUUGUAUACAUUGAUAAAGAAGUUUUGGAAUUGGGUGAAUAGGACAUAAGCAAUGUCAUUAAAAAUUCUGUGUUGGAUAUUAAUUUAUACUAGCAUUCUAUAUUUAAAUAUUGCCAUUCUUUUUAUUUAGCUGUGAAAGCAACUCGUUAAACAUUUUUAAUACUUCAAAAAAAAAACCAGAUGCAUUUGAUAAUAAAAAAGUACACAGCUUAAGUUAAGUUAGUAAUAAUUUUGUAGAAUAAGUAUUAUUUAUUUGUUACUAUGGCAGUUGUGAUAAAGUGUAGAAAGAUUAUUAAAUUAUUAAUUGC